AUGCAUCAAACGCCUCAAGAGUUGCUCAUUUUAACUCCACGCUUUCCGCGUCACCCACGCUCCUCCCCACCGUCUCUCACACACCUCCCCACGCACACGCCCACGCUUCCCUUCGCCGUCGCCAACGCGUUCCGCCACCGUCGCUCACGCGUUCCCUUCCCUCCUGCCUUCCCCCAUGCAUCCCCUCACCGUCGCGCGCGCCCUCCUCCACCUUCCUCCACGCUUCCCCAUACCGUCGCUCGCGCCUUCCCCCACCUUCCCUCACGCGCGCCCCGCUCAUCGCCCACACUUCCUCCCACCGUCGCUCUCGCUUUCCCCCACCGUCGCCCACGCUUUCCCCCACCGUCGCCCACGCUUCCCCUCACCGUCGCCCACGCUUCCCCUCACCGUCGCCCACGCUUCCCCUCACCGUCGCCCACGCUUCCCCUCACCGUCGCCCACGCUUCCCCUCACCGUCGCCCACGCUUCCCCUCACCGUCGCCCACGCUUCCCCUCACCGUCGCCCACGCUUCCCCUCACCGUCGCCCACGCUUCCUCCCACUGUCGCCCACGCUUCCUCCCACCGUCGCCCACGCUUCCCCGCUCAUCGCCCACACUUCCUCCCACCGUCGCCCACGCUUUCCCCCACCGUCGCCCACGCUUCCCCUCACCGUCGCCCACGCUUCCCCUCACCGUCGCCCACGCUUCCUCCCACUGUCGCCCACGCUUCCUCCCACCGUCGCCCACGCUUCCCCGCUCAUCGCCCACACUUCCUCCCACCGUCGCCCACGCUUUCCCCCACCGUCGCCCACGCUUCCCCCCACCGUCGCCCACGCUUCCCCUCACCGUCGCCCACGCUUCCUCCCACCGUCGCCCACGCUUCCCCGCUCAUCGCCCACACUUCCUCCCACCGUCGCCCACGCUUUCCCCCACCGUCGCCCACGCUUCCCCCCACCGUCGCCCACGCUUCCCCCCACCGUCGCCCCCUCUUCCCCCCACCGUCGCCCACGCUUCCCCCCCCACGUCGCCCACGCUUCCCCCCCCCGUCGCCCACGCUCCCCCCCCCCGUCGCCCACGCUUCCCCCCCCCGUCGCCCACGCUUCCCCCCACCGUCGCCCAUGGCAGGUGGUGGUGCGGCUUUGGAGCAGAGUGUUGGGCGCCCAGCCAGGGCAGCGCGUGCAGGCGGGCAGCAAGGAGUGCAGUGCUGCAGGGGGCGGGUCGGGGGAGGCGGAGCGGGGAAGGCGGGGGUUAGGGAGAGAGGGUGCAGGGAUCCUCCUAUCCCCCUUAUACCCUGCCACACUCUUACCACCUGCCCUCCUCCCUUACUCCGUUCCGUGGGGCCCCCACGGUCGUCCUCCUCUCCCUCUCUCUUUCUCCCUUCCUCCAUCUAUCCCACACUCUCUGCCUCACUACCCUCUUUCCCCUGCUCCCCGUUCUCCCUCCCUUCCUCCUGCCCUCCCUUCCUGCCAUUCUCCCUCUCCUCAUCCUCCCUCGAUCCAGUCCCUCUUUCCAUUUCCAUCUCCUACUCGCCGAUCCUCUCAUCCGCCCCUCCUCUCUUCCGCCCACCCUCUCAUCCGCCCAUCCUCUCAUCCACCCAUCAUCUCAUCCGCCCAUCAUCUCAUCCACCCAUCAUCUCAUCCGCCCAUCCUCUCAUCCUCCCUUCCUCUCAUCCUCCCUUCCUCUCAUCCUCCCUUCCUCUCAUCCUCCCUUCCUCUCAUCCUCCCGUCCACUCAUCCUCCCUUCCUCUCAUCCUCCCUUCCUCUCAUCCUCCCUUCCUCUCAUCCUCCCUUCCUCUCAUCCUCCCUUCCUCUCAUCCUCCCUUCCUCUCAUCCUCCCUUCCUCUCAUCCUCCCUUCCUCUCAUCCUCCCUUCCUCUCAUCCUCCCUUCCUCUCAUCCUCCCUUCCUCUCAUCCUCCCUUCCUCUCAUCCUCCCUUCCUCUCAUCCUCCCUUCCUCUCAUCCUCCCUUCCUCUCAUCCUCCCUUCCUCUCAUCCUCCCUUCCUCUCAUCCUCCCUUCCUCUCAUCCUCCCUUCCUCUCAUCCUCCCUUCCUCUCCUACUCCCUUCCUCUCUUCCUCUCUUCCACCCUCUCCACUACUCUCUGCUUUAG